GUAGAUUAUGCUAGACUACCCAAACGAACAUAAAGAUUGAAUUUCGCUUGGUAUACCAAUAAACUACGCAUAAUUCCAAAAAUAGCAACCAGAAGUAUUGAUUGCACCUGACAACGCAGCUGGAUCAGGCAUCAAUCCCUCAUUCUUAUAGACGGUAACAACCCCAAAGCACAUCACAAAAUCAUUUCCAACUUUAUAUAACCAUGACCCAAUCACAUUUAGCCUUACAGUCGCAGGUGAUUCUGUUGCUCCAAGAACAAGUGGAGCAGAUCAAACUGAAACGAACCCUCAAGUUGAAUCGAAUCAAUCAUAAUGAAAAACUAGCGAUCUCAGAAGUGAUCGAAUGCAUCCACGAGUUCAUAAACUCAUUCCAGCCACCAUUGAAACUAGAAAGACUUUCACUCCAGAGUAAUCAGAUCCAAGAACUCCCAGCAAAUCUAUCGAUAAUCGCAGGCAAUAUUCGAUACUUGGAUCUUCAUAAUAAUGACUUGACUAAUUUGUCAGAUAUCAUCAAAGAGUUCACCAGUUUGGAAAUUUUAGACUUAUCCUCGAACAGAUUAUGGAACUUGCCCUCAAUAUCAAUUUUGGGAAAUUUGAGGAACUUAAGAGUGAUAUCCUUGAAAGAAAACAAAUUCAAGUACUUGCCUCCUGUAUUGGGUGAGUUGUCAAGUUUGAACUUAAUCGAAGUGGCAGGUAACCCGUUAAUUUUACCUUCUUUAGACGUGAUCAAACUAUAUCAACACCAACGCCCAGAUCUCGACUGGGUAAGUGAGUUGAAAAACUAUAUGUUAACGAAUAAGUCCUUGUUGGAGUUCAAAUUACAAGAACAGCAUGAGUCCAAGAUUAAAAUGAAUCAAAACUUACCGCAACCUGCUGCAAAUCACCCUGCAUUAGUAGCGAGAUCCAAGAGUAUCUCUGAGACUAAGUCAAAAGCUUCGAAGGCGGCAAGGAGAAUGGGAUUAAUAAUCAAAAAACCUGAUGGCGCUGUCGAAGCCGGUUCAAACUCACACUCAAGUUCCAAUCCCACCUCUGCAAACACAACAAUAGAUGACUCAACUACGAACUCAAGUUAUGACAUCAUCAAUCCGUCAUCAGAUUAUUCGUUGACUUUGAAUCUACCACAUUCUGCUUCUGCAACGGAGACUUCUUUUAACGUUGGUACACCACCAUUGGUAAAUCCCACAUCGACUGCUACGACUGUGCCAAGCACUCAAACAAAUUCUCCAUCAUUAUCUACGACUACUCUCAAAACUACGGUGCCAUCAAUAGUGACAACAAACUCAAACAAUCCCCCCAAUGCAUCAAACCCAUCGUCAGUUUCAAGCUCAAAUAUGUCGACAUUGUCAAGACCAACUAGCAGAAACAGAUCAAGAUCAAAUACAUUAAAGGAGAUUGAUAAAAUUUUGGAAAAGAAUGAUAUUGUGGAUACUGAGCAUAAAUCCGGUGCUUACUUCAGGAGAUUAUCAACCCUUCAGGAGAAUCCAAAUGAUGAAACCUUAUCUUUGAAUCAACAAUACAACAUAAGCAAAAUGAUCAAUAAUAGCAGUACCCACAAUCCUCAGACUACUACUUCAUCGCACUCUCAAACUGUCCUGAACCAACAUAUACAUCAAACUCAAGGCCAGGAAAAUCUUCAGAGGCAACAUCUGCUUCUGGUUCUGCAUGUUAAAGAUGACUUAACGACUCCUAUAAAAUCACCAGCAAGUGUUUUGGGAGGGGCCCGCUCAAAUAGUCUACCAUCCAACGAGGUUUCACCUGCAAGAAUUGCUAAUUCAGUUAAGAAGUAUAACUCAACCACUAUUGUGAAGGUAUCUAGAAAGAUUCUUUUCUCUUUCAGUGAGUUGCAUUCUUCAGUUAGAAGAUUUACUGGAUUCUGCGUGGAUAAGAAAAUCACCAUGAAGAUGGUAUCUUUCUUGUACACAACUAAAUCGAAUAUUGAUGGAUUGGUUGAAAACUUAGAAUUAAUGGAGGAAAAUGGUAAUAAUCUCGACCAGAUAAUUUCUUCAUUGCAUACAUGCAUUGGAUCAUUCAGAUCAAUUAUGAAUUUAUUGAAUGAGAACUUGAGUGCUUUUGUUGCAAAGAUAGAUGUUUGUUUCAUUAGAAUGUUAUACUUGACAUUGUACGGUUCUUUCAACGAAUUUUUGAAUGCUUACAGAAUAUUGGUGCCAAAUUCAAAGCCACCAACAUUCAAUGCCCCUACAGCUUCUGAGCCCAAACAGAAGCUAUCUGUGAAUACCAACGUGUUUUACGAAAAUGAUGAUAUGGAUGAGAAAUUAUACAGAUCUAUUGAAAUCGCAACCUCGAAUGCACAAGUUGUGUUUGGCGAGUUGACUCGUGCUAUAGGCAAGAGUGCAAUCGCCAGUACUACAAGUGCUUCCAACCCGGGAAUUAGUCACUCUGUCGCUACCAAAGUUAAAGAGUUGACCAAUGUAUGCAUGAAUUCGAUGGAUAUUACAAAGAGAUUGAAAACGAAGUUGAUAACUAUCCGCAACAAUGCAUCUCAAACUACUAAGAGAUUAUUCUGGGAUGAUAUUAAUUUGUUUUUGAAGGCCAUUAUCCAAACCUUCUCUUCGGUAAAAGGAAUUAUGAAAGAUUUGCCCAUUCUAAACGAAGUGAGGGGAUCAAUGGCUAAUUUGACCAAGACUACCAAAGACGUUACUCUCUUAUUGGAGGUAUCGUCUUACAAGUUCAUGCCAUCAGACAAUUCUUCACAGGGACACUCUUCAAACAAUCCUCCACUUUUGGCGUCAAUUCCAAGUGUUUCGAAUCUAUUCACACCUUCCACUGCUCAUCCCUUAUCGCAGAAUUCUUUAUCUCUGGCUAACUUGAGUCAAUUAAAUACUUCUGGAGGAACCAGAACACCGUUUGUGGGACAGCAGGCUAACCAAUCGAUUGCAGUACCAACGAACCUUGAUUCCAUUGCUACUCCUAAUUUGAGUCCUGGCAUCCUUGUGGGAAAUGGACCCCACGCAGCCCCAGUCACUGCACCAGCCCAAUCCACAGGCCAGUAUUUUGCGAAGAAUGGAAUGAAUCCUUUCGACGGCUUGAUCAUUGCCAAUAGAGAUAAGACCAAGGAGGACAGCGAUAGGGGGAACACGAGCUUCAACUUAUGAGGGCCCCCGAAGAAUCAUGGAUCUGUACUAUCACCAAGGAGUAGUUCCACUGCUCAAGACUCUGGCAUGCAGUUGGGACUGGAUCAUCACCACUCACGAGCUCGCGCGGCUGAAACAACUCGACCAAUGAUAAGGAUCACAACUACGC